AUGUUGUGGCUCAUUCCUUUCCUUUUGGCCCUUGCACUGGCAACUUCCUAUAAAGAGGAGCUCACCUUCAGGCCACUUCCUAGAAACACCCUAUUGGCAGAUUUCCACUUCAACUCGGUGCUGCCCCCGUUUCCCUUGGAGUAUACCAACUUGUCGGCGCCUCAAUCUUCCCACAAACCCCGCCAUUAUGGCUUCUUUCCUCGAAUGCUUGCGCCAAUUGUUGAAGCUACCAACACUCGCGAGUUGCACUUGAGAUUCACCCAGGGCUGGUGGGACGCUGACUUGUGGGGACUGUUGCCUCAUAAUGGUACGGUUAUUGGCGGAACCGGCGUGGAAGUAUGGGCUGCCAUCGAGGCCCCAUCCAUAGAAGAGGCUAAAAGAAGCUGGUACAAGCUUACAGAGUCUCUCUCGGGAGUAUUCUGUGCGUCGCUCAAUUUCGUCAAUGAUGCCAUUACCACAGUUCCAAAACACAAAACUGCGUCUCAGGGAGCUGGAUUUGUUACCUCUCCCGGUAACAAGCUCUUUUUGCUUCGUGCAGCUUUGCCUGAUGAACCUAUUUGCACAGAAAACUUGACACCAUUCUUGAAGAUGCUUCCUACUCGUGGCAAAGCUGGCAUUGCCUCCUUGCUCGAUGGCCACAAGCUCUACGACUCUUUGUGGCACUCUAUGAGCGUUGACCUUGUCACCCACUGUGAGGACGGCCAGUGCCAUCUCGAACUGGACCAACACAUUCACCAUGUGGCCGAUAUCACCAGACUGAUUCGAAGACGGAACGAAGGAGGCAUUCCCAAACCUGUUCCAGGCGACAAGUUGCGGUGCGAUCAAUCGAAGUAUCAUGACGCUUGGCACUGUUUCCCAGCGCCAGAAUUCCCUGCCAUCGAGUGGGACAUUGAGGGUCUCUACGGUCGAGCCAUCCAGGGCCCAGGAUUCGAAAAUCAAAGGGGCGUGACUACGGUAAAUUUCUUGGUCGACAAGGAGUCAUGGAGAGUGGCAAUGACCGAGGAGGGCAAGAAUGAUGUUCCUGUGGAGAAUGUUUUCGAGAUCGUUGAGGCAAAACCACAUAACUUUAGAAUUUCAACAGCAGACUUCAACAAAGUCUUACCAAAACAGGAUUCACCCCUCUCGGUCUCUAGAUCGCUUACAGGUUACUCACAGGACCUGGGAGGAAUGCGUGUGACCAUACGUAAUCCUCAAGACAAAGAUCUCUCUUUGGUGUAUUUCGAGAGUCUCCCAUGGUUCAUGAGAAUAUACUUGCAUACUCUUCAGGUUAGCGGGAAUGGCACUGUUGAAAAUCAGUUUUUCAAACCCGCAAUCGAUAGAGAGAGACCUACGCAUUUGGAAUUGGCAUUGUCCAUCCCAGCUGGUGGGUCUAUCACCCUCACAUACCAAUUUGACAAGUCCUUGUUGUUGUUUUCCGAGUACCCACCAGACGCCAACCACGGAUUUGCAAUCGAGCCAGCUGUCGUCAAGAUUAUAGACAAGGAAACAGGAAAUACGCUGUACCAGCUCAGAACACCCAGCUUGCUUCUCACGCUACCAACCCCAGAUUUCUCCAUGCCUUACAACGUCACAAUCUUGACAUGUACAGUUAUGUCGUUAGCAUUUGGGUGUGUUUUUAACCUACUUGUGAAGAAGGUAGUAACAGAAGAGGAGUUCGAGGAGAUCUCGAAACAGUCACCUUUGGGCAAGCUCAAGGCGAAAAUCGCUAUGCUAAAGAGCAAAAUUAAGGGAGUUAAAGCUUGA